AGUCGCGCGCGAUCCGAAAUUAAGUCCUUGAAUUAUUUAUCCGGCGAAUUUCCAAACACACGUCUCAAUAAUACAAACAUCUGUUUAUGCAAUCCGCACAGACGCAAGCGCUUUGAACUCUACUUAAGCCAUCACACGAGAAUCCCCGCGUUUCGUGUUUCCAUAUCACAAUCACGAACGCGAUGUCCGGUUUCACGGGAUUCUCAGAGGCGGACAUCAGAAAAGUGCAGAACGGUCAAAGCCCAACCAAAUCCAAACUUGUAGCUAAUCAUAAACAAAGCACUUUAAAUCAACCUAAAAAGCUGAAUCAAAACGAUGCGAAAACGAAACAAAUCAUGGACGAGAGAAUCACCAAAAUCGAAGCUACUCCAAUACCAGAGGAAGCUAAAUUAACACCUAAACCAGAAGAGGCAAAAAUUGAAGAAAAACCUAUUGCCACAACAACAGUACAAUCAAUUACAAAUGAGGAUAAACCAACAGUGCAAGAACAAAAAUUAAACAUCAUCCUUGAUGAUUGCACUGACAAAAAAAAGAAUUUGGAAGAAUUCGAAGCCAAACAGAAGUUAAUCGAGGAGCAGAACAGGAGGAGAAAAGAAUUAUUAAUAAAGGCAUUGGCAGAUAGGACUCAGAAGACUAUCAAGGAGCAGCAGAAACUGAAUGAUAUACAAGAGGAGUUCAAGAAGCUGGAUGCUAAUCUAUCGAAUGAUGUCAAGGUGCUGAGGAAGCAGAUUGAGAAUGCGAGCCUUGAUUAUAUGGAGGCACAGAAGAAAUACUUGAGGGCUGAGAAGGAAUUCCUUGAUGCAAAACUCUAUUUGCAUCAGAAGCAGGAACGCAAAGAUUUGCUCACGGAGUAUCUGUGCGCAAUUAUAGAGAAGAACGAAGAGCGAAAGGCCACAAAAUUAACGGAAUUACUGCAAAAGCUGGAACUGGAAGAGCCCUGAUCAAUUAACGCAACGCUAACCGCACAAUUAUUCUUGCCACGUAUGCAACUCAAUGCGCUCUAAUUGUAUAAACAGUAUUCUAAUAU